AUGUCUUCGCGCAACAACGUACCAGACGCCUCGAACUUAAUCAUCGCCGCCCAAAAUGACAGCUCUGAGGACUCGGCCACCGGCAUUAUGCGCCGAAGCCGAAGCCGAAGCAGCAACGGCGGCGGCGGCGGCGGCGGUGGUCACGAUGCCAACCUUAUCAAUCCCCACGAUUACGACCAGUCGCACGAGCGCAGCGGCGGGGAUCCGGAGGCGCACUUUGCUCAGAAGCCGCACCAGAGCGUGGGAUUUUGGCAUACCAAGAUGAGCAAGGUGCGCAAACACGUCCUGGUCAUGUGGGCGCGCACAAUCGUCAUACUCAUGUGCUUUGUGAUGGCCGUGCUAUCGCUCUAUUGGGCCGUGCUGUUCUCCGUAGACCAGAACAUGCGACACCUAGGGGUCCACGUCGUCGACUUCGACGGGCGGGUAGCGCCGUACGACGGCGUGACACCGCUCGUCGGCCCGGCUGUGACGCAGCUGACGGAGAAGAUGUACAGCUCGCCAGCUCCUUCGCUGGGCUACAAGACCGUGGACCCCGCGCAGUACGACUACGAUCCCACAAACGUUCGCCAGGGCGUGUACGACUUUGAUUCGUGGGCCGCCAUCAUCAUCAACCCGAACGCCACCGCGCUGCUGCAGCAGGCCGUCCUGACGGGGAACGCGUCGUACGAUCCCACGGGCGCGAUCCAGAUCAUUGUGCAGACGGCGAGGCAGGAGUCGACGUACUACAACUACAUCCUGCCGCAGUUGCAGAUGCUGCAGACGCAGUUUGCGGCCCAGUUCGGCGCCACUUGGAGCCGGAUGCUGAUGUCGAACUCGUCGUACUCGACCCAGAUGAUGGCGCGGGCGCCCGCUGCCGUGAACCCGGGCGUCUCGCCGUUGCAGAUCGAUCUGCGGCCUUUCAUGCCGGCGACCGCUACGCCGGCUGUUACUAUCGGCCUGAUUUAUCUCAUCAUCGUGGCUUUCUUCUCCUUUUCCUUUUUCCUGCCUAUCCACACGAAAUACAUCACACCGCAAGGCCACCCACCGCUCCACUUCUGGCAGUUCAUCGUCUGGCGCUGGGUCGCAACCAUAGUAUCCUACCUCUUCAUCUCGUUAACCUAUUCCCUCGUCUCGCUCGCCUUCCAGAUCCCGUUCUGGCCGCCUCCCGCGUCGCCCACGCAGGUGGCGCUCUCGGCGACGGCGUACGGUCGCGGCUCGUUCCCCGUCUACUGGAUGCUCAACUUCGUCGGCAUGGCGGCGCUGGGCAUCGCGUGCGAAAACGUCGCAAUGGUCAUCGGGCAACCGUGGACUGCUUUAUGGCUUAUCUUUUGGGUAAUCACCAACGUGUCAACGUCCUUCUACACCAUCGAGCUGUCGCCGAUCUUUUUCCGCUGGGGUUACGCCUGGCCGCUGCAUCAUAUCGUGCAGGCGAGCCGGCAGAUAAUAUUCGACCUGCACUCGCAGAUCGGGCUCAACUUUGGGGUGCUGUUCGCUUGGGUCGCGGUCAAUACGGUGCUUUUCCCGUUCUGCUGUUAUUUCAUGCGUUGGAAUACGGAGAGGGAGAAGCGUGCCGCUGAGAAGGAUAAGGAUCGCUAUGUGGUGCAUACGGAGGAUGGCGAUAAGGAGUUCGAGAAGAAGGAGGGUGAUAAGCCGCCGAAGCAGAAGAGGGGGUUUAUGCGAGGGAUGUAG